AUGACGGGAAGCAUGAAGAAGAAGAGGCGGGCAGAAGCACAGGCGGAUGUUGCUGCCGAUGGCGGUGACGGACAAGACGUGGAAAACCAGUCCGGAGGCUCGGAGCCUCCGGCAAAGAAGGGCAAGUACAGGAAAGAGAAGCCUUGGGACCACGAAGGCAUCGAUCAUUGGAAGCCCGUGACGAUGGCCAAAGAGGACGCGCCAUCCGGCCUACUCUUGGAGGAGAGCUCCUUUGCCACCCUUUUCCCGCAGUACCGGGAGCAGUAUUUGAAGCAAGUCUGGCCUGAUGUCAAGAGGUUGCUCGCCGAGCACGAGCUUGUGGGUGAGCUCAACUUGAUCGAGGGCUCCAUGACGGUCAAGACGACCAAGAAGACUUGGGACCCCUUCAUCAUCAUGAAGGCCAGGGACAUGAUCAAGCUCCUGGCGAGAAGUGUGCCGUUUCCACAAGCCCAGAAGGUCUUGGAGGACGAGGUCUACUGUGACAUCAUGAAAAUCGGAGGACUGGUGCGGUCAAAGGAGCGCUUCGUGAAGCGGCGGCAGCGGCUGGUGGGGCCGAACGGCUCAACCCUGAAGGCGAUCGAACUCCUGAGCCAGUGCUACGUCCUGGUCCAGGGCCAGACGGUGUCCAUGAUGGGAUCGGUGAAGGGCAUCAAGCAGGUGCGCCGCAUAGUGGAAGACUGCUUCAAAAACAUCCAUCCGAUUUAUCACAUCAAGGAGCUCAUGAUCCGCCGCGAGCUGGAGAAGGACCCCGAGCUGAAGAAUGAGAACUGGGAUCGCUUCCUGCCGCACUUCAAGAAGCGCAACGUCCAGCGCAAGAAGGCGAAGGCCAAGAAGGGCAAGAAGAAGAGCAAGGACGUGUUUCCGCCUCAGCCUAUGCCUCGGAAAGAGGACCUGCAAAUGGAGUCCGGCGAGUAUUUUCUCAAUGAAAAGGAGAAGCAGCUUAGACAACGAAUCGCCAAGCGUGAGGCUCAACAAGCAAAGACUGCUGAGAAGCGGCGGGAGCGUGCAAAGGAGUUUGACCCGCCACCAGUCAAAGCCAAGCAAAAGGCAGAGACAAAGCAAGAGACCGCAAAGGAGAUGGCCCAACGUUUGGCCAAGAAGUCCAAGGCCAGGUUGGAAGCCGCCGGAAGCCACAGCGCAUUCAAUUUCCAGGAUGGCAAGGUGUUGGCCUUGGCAGCCGUGGCAUUUUGCGCCUACCUGCUGGAUUUUCGCAGGUCCGCUCUGAGCUUCAUCGCCCCGUGCAUUUUGCCGCGUGCGCAAGUGCGAGGAGAAUAUGUGACAGGUUCUUCCGCAUCUAGCAGCGCUGCCGGUGGUGGUUCUCAGGCGUUCCUUGCCGCUGGCCUGACCCUCGCGGCGUGUUGCCGGGCUUCGCGACUCCGGCGGCGUGCGAAAGAGGACGCCGAGGCGAAGCCCGCCUUUGAGCCAGCGGCAAAAUCGGCGGCCGAGAAGGCCUCUGAGGAAGCGCUGGAAGAACUGGAUCGCAAGAGGAUUGACCUUGCAGAGGCCGGCGAUUAUGCGGCAGCUGCUCGCAUCAGGGACCAGCUGUCUUCAGCCCAGCUGGAUGAUGAGGGAAAUGUCCUGCAGGCCAACGUCGAGUUUUAUGCGGCCUUUUCUCAAAGAAAUUUGGAUCGCAUGAAGGCCUGCUGGCUGAAGUCUUCUAGUACGCAGUGUGUACAUCCUUACGACAAGUCGGCUUUCAUUUUCAACGGGUACUCAGACAUUUGUAACUCGUUCCAACGACUCUUCGAGGAGUCCAAAACCAAGAACCGCGUCGUCCCGGAGCAGGUCAAGGUGAGCCUACGGGGUGCCACGGCUGUGAUCACUUGCCAAGAGCAGGUCCUCAACAAGCAGAUGAGGUUGAGCACGCUGGUGGCAACGCACAUCUUCAGGAAGGGCCCACGUGGCAAGUGGCUUUUGACGCACCGGCACGUAAGCAGGCAGCCGCAAGGAGAGGCUUUGGCAGUCGCCGGGGAGAACCUGGCACAGGAUGCGCGGCUUCAGCAGCUCAUGCGGGCUGCGCAAAGUUUGGGCGGCUCCCCGCAGUUCGUCUUCAAGGCGGCCGAGGAUGACAGCCCCUUCGGCAUCGCCGGCACGUUGAUCCCGAGCGAGGAGGAAGAGGACGCAGAUUUGGAGGAUGAGGACACCGAGGAUUUGGAGGAUGAAAUCUAUGUGGACGAGGACGAGGAGGCAGAGGAUUCCCGCGACGCCGUGCGAGGGCUCAGGAGGCUGGAGCUGGACGGGCGGCUGGGGAGGAAGGACAAACUGCACCUGCUGGCGGAGAUGCUGGAGAAUCCAGGUGAUUCCAUGGUGGAGAGGGCAUAUGCCUUGCUGAUCCGCGAGGUCCCAGAGGAAGAGGAGGAGUCCGCCUGGGAGGAUUUCGCGGAUCUCAUACGUCUUCAGGUGUCGAAGCUUCAAGCCAGAAGGCCGAAGAGGAAGGAGAGCAAAGACAAGGGUGAGAAGAAGUGA